AUGUCCUUUUCACUAUGGUGCUAUGUGCGCCUGCGCAUCGUGAAAUCAUUUGGAUGGGAUGACGGCCUAAUGGUGGCGGCGAUGAUAAUACUCGUCGCAUAUACCGCGACCACUAUCGGCGGCGCGGUAGUCGGCACAGGAAGGAAGAUGGGCGAUUUAACAUCACAAGAACUUAACCUCCGGCUUGCUAGGUUGUUUUGGUGGCUCGGUCAGGACUUUUACGUGACAGCUUGCGUGUUAGCAAAGGCCUCAAUUUGCAUCUGUCUAUGGCGUAUUACCAUCAACCAGGUCCACCGAAUGUUCCUGUGCCUCGUGCUGGCAUUCUCCAUCUUGGCCGGGCUGGUCUUUUUCUUCUUCACUACCUUCCAAUGCCAUCCAGUUUCCCAUUACUGGAAUACGACAAUUGCGGAUGAAAAGUGCCUUAAGGCCGCCACCAUUAUCAAGGUUACUUAUGCGUACAGCGCUGUCGCUGCAACCUCUGAUUUUGCCAUUGGGCUUUUACCAGUAUUCAUAGUGUGGAACCUUCAAAUGGCUAAAGCCCGCAAAUAUGGCUUAAUAGGUCUUUUUGGAAUUGCUUGUGUUGCAAGUUUUGCUGUGAUCAUUCGCAUCCCAUAUCUCCAAGCGCCUAGCCGUUCCGAACCUCUAUACGCGGCCGGCUAUAUAAUCAUCUGGUCCUAUGUCGAAGUUUCCGCUGGGAUCAUUGCGGGUAGCGUUGUCACAUUACGGGCUUUAGGACGAGUUCUCCCUGGAAGAUGCCCGGAUUGGAUUCGCAGCCCAGAGUUUCAAGACUUGACUUCUCGAUCAAGCCCCCAAGUCUAG